AUGAAUAUAGUAGAGUGGGCGUUCGGGAAGCGCAUGACGCCGGCGGAGCGCCUGCGCAAGCAUCAGCGAGCGCUCGAGAAGACACAGCGAGAACUAGACCGCGAGCGCGUGAAGCUCGAGAACCAGGAGAAGAAGCUUGUUGCAGACAUCAAGAAGAGCGCAAAGAAUGGGCAGAUGGGCCCUCUGCGGAUACAGGCAAAGGAUCUUGUGCGGACACGACGGUAUAUCCAGAAGUUCUACCAGAUGCGAACACAGUUGCAGGCCAUAUCUUUGAGGAUUCAAACAGUACGCAGCAACGAGCAGAUGAUGCAGUCGAUGAAGGGAGCUACGACAUUGCUCGGGAGCAUGAACAGGCAAAUGAACCUUCCCGCCCUCCAGCGAAUCGCCAUGGAGUUUGAGAAGGAGAAUGACAUCAUGGACCAGCGACAGGAGAUGAUGGACGAUGCCAUUGACGAUGCCACUGGUAUGGAGGACGAGGAAGAGAGCGAAGAUGUGGUCAAUCAGGUCUUGGACGAGAUAGGCAUCGAUCUUGGCGCAGCACUUGGUGAGACACCCAGUGGUCUACAGAAGAGUGCAGUACCCGAGGCAAGAGUGGCCCAAGCUAUUGGGGGAGGCGCAGACCCAGACGAUGAUGAUCUCCAGGCUCGUCUGGAUAGUCUGAGGAGAUGA